CUCUGUGGAAAUCUACUGAAACGACCUCAGGGAGUUCAGAUCAGUCCAAUAUGGAUCCUGUCCUAAACAUCUACGGCCAAAGCACUGCUGUGGCUGAGAUUACUCUAAUAAAUCAGGGUUGUGGCAGUGACAACCUCUGCCAGAGCAAUCUAGAGUUAAACUACAAGUUCUGCUCAAAGAAGACACAAAAUGACCAAAAUAUUUUCCAAUCACUUGUUGGAGAUGAUGGUGUCGCUGUCAUCACUCCUUCGGGUGAAGAAAUUGCUUUGGAGAUUACUGUGACAAACAGAGAUGGGGAUGAUGCUCAUCAGUGUCACUCCGUCAUUAUGCUCCCAGAUACGGUGCGCUACUCAUCGGUUUUGUCCAGCAGAGGAGAGGAAGACAUCAGCUGUACAGCCAAUGACAACGGAACGCUGAUAGACUGCCAUCUUGGAAAUCCUCUCCAAAGAGACGCUGAGGUUACCUUUCACAUCAUGCUAACAACAUCUGGUAUCACACUGAAUACGAAUAUGGUCAAUGUCACCCUGCAACUUAAAACAACAAGCAUACAGACGAUACCGCCGGUCGAGGCGUUGGCCAAAGUGGUUUUUGAGCUGGAGCUGCAAGUUUAUGGGCAACUAAGCCCAUCCCAAGUCUCACUCAGUGAUAUUGUGAAGGGGGAAAGUGGCAUCAAGUCUAUAGAGGAAAUUGGCCCAUCAGUUCAGUAUGAAUUCAGGAUUACAAACCUAGGCAGGCCACUAAAUUCUUUUGCAAAUGCAUCCCUUAACAUUAAUUGGCCAAAGGAGAACUCGGUGGGAAAAUGGCUGCUGUACUUAGUUCACAUAAGCAGUGAGGGAGUUCAUGCUGUCCCUUGUACCAGUGCUGAUGAGAUCAAUCCACUCAAACCAGUAAAGGGUUGGGAUGCUCCACCAAGGCAAAGACGUGAAGCAGAGCUUGAAGCUGUGUCAACUGAUGGGCUUUCAUUUCUUCCAUUAAGAAGAAAAUAUAAAACUUUGUCAUGCUCAGAUGGACUGAGGUGUGUUCAGAUCCACUGCCCCCUGCUAAGUCUAGACACUACUGCACGUAUCGUCCUUCACUCUCGCCUUUGGAAUGCAACUAUGGCUGAGGAUUACAGCUCCUUUAAUUACAUCAGUAUUGUUGUGGAAGCGUAUCUAAGCCUAAGUAGCUCCUUCGAGAAUAUUGGACUGAAACCAAAAAAACCAUUUACUCAGGUAAAGCUGACAGUGUUCCCUGUGAGAAAAGUUGAAAUCUUGACCAAAGUUGCCUGGUGGAUCAUCCUUCUGACCAUCCUGUCCCUGCUGCUGUGUUUGGUUUUUAUUGGCUACUUAUUAUGGAAGCGGGACUGCAUCCACAGCCUUGCCCAUAAAAAGCAGUCGCAUGUUCAAGAUCUGAAAGCAGAGUUGGCUCCUCUCCAAGGUUAAAGUAAAUGUCUCAAAAGUUAGAUGAUAA